UUUUUUUAAUAUUGCGGUAUUAUAAACUUUGGACUUUAGCACGGCGUUAUGAAAGAAAAUUACACUGCUAAUCCGUAACUCACCUAAAUGUCGCAUGUGCAAUGUCAUUUAGUUUUUGUCAAUGUGUAGGACAGGUCACUGGUUCAUUUCUCCAUAGUUGUAUGUAGGCCUACAUAUUAUAACAUACCGUAGUAUUUCAACGACACACGGCAGUUGUUGAGAAAUACCAUAGGGUGUGACAAAUUAAAGCAGAAUGAUUUUAGAAGGGUUGUAUGACUACAUAGCCAGACAUCCUUCUAUACUGUUAAUAGGGUUUCUGUUGUACGUGUUUAUUUUUGGCUUGUCCUUGCUAAUAAACAGGAAAAAGCCUGGCAGAAAUCCUUUUUGGAGAAAUCAUGAAAAACCAAUUGAGAAAUUGGUGACAGAUAUCCGAGCGCGAGAUGCUGUUAUUAAGCAGAGGUUUACACCAGCGAAGGUACCAGAUAAUCUAGAUGCUAUAGUUAUUGGUAGUGGUAUGGGGGGUAUGACCGCUGCAGCUCUACUGUCACAAGCUGGUAAGAAGGUACUGGUUCUAGAACAACAUGAUCAAGCUGGUGGAUGCUGUCAUACUUACUAUAGUAAAAAAGGAUUUGAAUUUGAUACAGGAAUACACUAUGUUGGUGAUAUGGGAGAAAGAGAUGUAUCUAGGUUUUUAUGUAAUCAACUAACCGAUGGACAAGUUGAAUGGAUAGCUAUGGAUGAAGCUUAUGAUACGGUUGCUCUAGGAGAGGCUAGUAAAGCCAGAAGGUAUAGAAUGGUGAGAGGUAGGGAAGAAUAUAUCCGAGAAUUAAAGAAAAACUUUCCUAAAGAUCAUGAGGCCAUUGAUAAAUAUAUGAACUUAAUUCAUGUUGCAAGGACGGGACUUAGAGGAAUGAUGAUGAUGAAAAUUUUACCUAAAUGGUUGAGUAAGAUUCUUGCAGCUACAGGAAUCGUGGAUUUAUUAACCAACUAUUUUAAAUACAGUAGAAAAACAGUAACAGAAGUGUUGAAUGAGCUGACCGAUAAUCAAGAAUUAAAAGCUACUUUAUCUUAUAUUUGGGGAGAUUAUGGCGUAAUUCCUAAGGAAGCCGGUUUUUCAUUCCAUGCUGGUCUUGUAAAUCAUUAUCUACAGGGAGCAUAUUAUCCCCGUGGUGGACCUAGUGAAAUAGCUUUCCACAUUGUUCCAGUCAUUGAAAGAUCAGGUGGGCGUCUCCUAGUACAGGCACCUGUCUCUAAGAUAUUAACCAAUGAAAAAGGCCGAGCUGUCGGAGUGACAGUGAAACGUACAACUGGUGAUGUUGAUAUCAAAGCUAAAUAUAUCAUAUCUAAUGCAGGUGCUAAUAAUACCUUUAAAUAUCUUCUACCGCCACAAGUAGCUACUAAAUCAAGUUUAUAUCCAUUGAUUGAUAAAAUCGGACCAAGUGCCUCGUUUAUGACAGUGUUUCUAGGUUUAGACGGAACAGAUGAAGAAAUGGGACUGACAUCAGGCAAUAUAUGGUAUUAUCGUGAUUCUGAUAUAGAUGGGGCUAUGUCUAAGUUUUAUAAUUUAGAUGUAGAUGAUGUUGGUGUAGAAGAUAUACCACUUUUAUAUAUAUCAUCACCAUCAGCUAAAGAUCCAUCAUUCCAACAUAGAUUCCCAGGUAAAAGUGUAUUAUUAGUUAUAACAUUAGCUAAAUUUGAAUGGUUUGAACAAUGGAAAGAUGAAAGAAUCAAACAUCGUGGUGAUGAUUAUAAUGCUAUUAAAGACAGAAUAGGACAGCGUAUUAUACAACAGUGUAUUGGUCUUUAUCCUAAAAUAGAAAAUAAGGUAUCAUUGAUUAAAGUUGGAACACCAGUAACUAAUAAUUAUUAUCUUGGUACAACAAAAGGUGAGAUGUACGGUUUAAAUCACAACCAGACAAGAUUUCUACCUGAGAUGGCGCUUGAAUUUCGUCCUAAAACAGACAUACCUGGUCUUUAUUUAACAGGUCAAGAUGUAUCAACCUGUGGUUUUAUAUCUGUUAUGUAUGCUGGUUUAUUCUGUGCUUCAAGUAUUCUAAACAGAAACUUGAUGAACGAUAUGAUGAAAUUAAGAAAAGAUGUCAUCAAAGAAGCCAAAAAGAAGAAAGUUGAAUAAAUUAAUUUUAAAUAACUAUGACAUGUAACAUAUUUUAUCACCCAAUAAUACAUUCUACAGUAGAUAUCACUUGUGUGAUAUAUUUUAUAUAUCGCUUUACAUGAAUUUAAUUGGUCAGUUAAAAAGAAACUACUUUUUUUAAAUUAAAAAUGAACUAUUGUUAUUCAAGUGACCUUGAUGGAAAUACUGGGUCAAUAUAAAGGACUUUGCAAUGGUUGAAUUGCUGUCAAAAAAUGAUGUAUCACUACGCCGUAAUGUUCAGUAAAAGUGAAAUCUACAGCAAAGAAUUAUAUUUAUCUAUUUGUGCAUGUAAGAAGGGAUUGGGUGAUAAAUAAAAUCUCUUACUCGUUUUUUUUUUAUAUCAAAAAAUAUCAACACUCGUUGACAAAGUAAAAAAAAACUCGGCAGAGCCUCGUUUUUUGUUACUUUAUCAACUUGGCGUAUAAGUGGUGAGAAAUUUGGUAUUUUAGCAAAAAUGCAAAUGAUGAAUUAAGCUUUUAAUUAUUUGUGGGGAAACUUCACAAGACAAUUAGUGCCAGAGUUAUGGUCCUUCAAAAGUAUUGUGGAUGCUCUAGGGGCUCAAGUUAUUAUCCGAUUGACUUUAAAUUUAUACACAGUAUUUAAGGUCAUGAGAUGAAGAAUCCUAAUGAUUUUAACGAUAUCCAAUAAUUACUACCAGAGUUAUGGCUCUUUAUCACUUUGAAAAAUCUUGUGGAUGCUCUAGAGGCCAAAGAUAAUUUAUACACAGUGUUUAAGGUUAGGAGAUGAACCAGACUAUUGUUUUUCAAUGAUUUCUGAAAAUAUCUGCCAGAGUUAUGGCCCUUGAUAUAUCUUGUGGAGGCUAAUGUUAAUAUAAAUUUAUACAGUUUCUAAGGUCAUGAGACAAACAGUCGAAACCAAUUGUAAUGAUUUCUGAUAAUGAACUAAUGGGUUGUUACUCGUAAUCAGAUUUUAGUGUGUUGUAAAUGUUUUCAUUACUGACAAAAGAAAAAAUAUGCGACAACCCUUGUUAUCUACCCAGAUUAUGUAUCUGCUGUGGGCGUAUGUUUCAUUGCCUGGCAACCUAUCUUUGUGUAUUUCAAAUGUCCUGUAAAAAAACUAAUUUAUUUUGUCUAAGUAAAAUUACGGGUAUGUAUAUCAUGUCUUAAUUGACGAUCUGUUGCAGUAAAGAAGUUUUGGUCAUUUUAUAUUUAUGCAGAUGUGGCAUCUUAUAAAAUGUUUGAAAUUAAAGACACUAAAUCUGUGCAUUUUAUUGGAUAGAUGAGUAGGUUAUAGAAAUCUGUCAUGACCUAUCGAAGUACCGGUGAUGUAUACAAAUAUUAUGGUAUGUAAUAUUGUUGAUAUAUUCUAGCUGUUAUAUUUGAAUAAAUUUGUAAUAAAUAGUUUAA